AUGCACUUCUUCUCAGCUCUCGCACUCGCGGCCACGGCAACAGCUGCAGCUAUACCAGAUGCUGUUCUCGACAAGCGCACUACAACAUGCACCACGGCUGGCUCAGCAACACUAGCUGCCGCCAAAGCAGCAUUCACACAAGCCAAACUGGUCCCUGGUGUGAUCCCGAGCUUCAACCCCAAGGUGUCGGUACAAGUGGACUAUAAUGGCAAGCAAGUCAAUCUCGGCAACACUUUCUCGGCCACAGAAACUCUCAAUCAGCCAAUAGACAUCACUUUCACCGCCAAGCCUGGCUACGACGCAGCAUCAACCAAAUACACAAUCAUCAUGGUGGACCCAGAUGCGCCUGGACCAGCCGCACCAAUCUUGAAGGACAUUCUGCACCUCAUCAUAGAUGAUGCGCAACCCGUUUGCACCGCCAACCAGAACCGUAAGACCAUCGCCACGUAUGCUCAGACCACGCCGCUCUCUGUCGCCGCACAUCGAUAUACCUUCUUGGUGUAUAGACAGCCACCCAACUAUGUGCCGCCGCCGACUUUGAUGUACCUCCCAGGCAAUCGCGCCAAGUUCGAUCUGAAUGCGUAUGUCGCACAGGCAGGGCUUAUUGGACCUGUGGGUGGCAAUUUCUUCCGUGAGGGCCUUGGCUCGACUGUUUGUGCUGUCACUCCUGGAUGUACUCAGGACGGUACCGGGUACAAGGCUCCUUCUUAG